AUGGGAAAAACUGCACUUGCCCAACUCGUCUUCAAAGAUGAGGAGGUUCAAAACCAUUUUGAGCUGAAAAUGUGGACGUGUGUCUCUAAUUCAUUUCAGUUGGAUGCACUUGUUAAGAAUAUCCUAAAAGCGGAUAACCUUGACAUUGAUCUGUUGCAAAAUGAGCUUAGGAAGAAGAUCGAUGGGAAGAGAUACCUCCUUGUGUUAGACGAUGUGUGGAAUGAAAAUCGUGGAAAAUGGCUUAGCUUGAAAGACUUGUUGAUGGGUGGUGCAAGAGGUAGUAAAAUACUGAUAACUACUCGCAGUGAAAAAGUUGCAAAAUAA